AUGCCUGAAGAAAUGGCCAUAGAUCUACUACGGGACAUGCCAGGCGGCGACGAUUUCGUGGACGUUACGGAGCUCUUCGCAGAAGCAGGACGGGAUAUGGAACCCGAAGAUGUUCUCUUGGUAGAUGGGUACACGCUAAUGGACGCGAUGGGUGCAUUUGAGAUCGGAGAGCCUCGUAUGGACAGCGGAAUGAUUCUGCAGGAGCAACGCAAACCCCCCUUCGAUGCAUUAGCACCACUCUUACCACAAGAAGUAUGUUGGAUUAUUGAUAGAAGCUUCUCCUGCGAGAUGGAAUGGCAUGCCGGGAGUACUCUUGCGCAAACAGUGUAUACGUUACUCUAUAUUCAUCACCUCAAAGAUAUCGACCCCGACACCUUAAUGCCUGAAGUGACACCAGAUCCUCUUCGUCCACGAGGGCUCAUUUCAAUAGUUCUCAGAGCUUCUGUCCUCGGCCUGCUGAAGUCUUGCGACUUGGCUUGGCGUGAACUGUCAAAAAACAAAGUAUAUGAAAUAGAAGACUGGCAAGGCGAGAAAUGCGAAGUUUCGCUAUUGGAAGGGAUAACUACUGAAUUUAUAAUCCAAAAAUUGGAUACCGCACUGAAUUGGCUGCGCAAGUCAGUGCUGCCGAUUUCUUACGUCCUCGCCUUGAGUGAUAGAUUGCUCCUGCGUAAGGCGAUCCUCCAACUGCUCAAACUCAAUCCUGCCCGCACGUCCGAACUACGACUCCUCAUCAGCACUGCACGAGAAGCCUUGAAUCGCAUCCGUGCUCAUCCGGUGGAACCACCCUCAUCUGAUUCCCUGGCAUAUUUGACAUUCGACCCAUAUAUCACCCGUCGUCUUCCAAACUUUAUGCCUAUGCGGGUACUUGAAUUGCCUCCGCAAGGGGAGACGUGGAAUGCCAUAGAAAAUCUUUUCGAGGACUGGGAAGAGCUAUGCCUUUUACUGGAUACUCCAUGUAUAACUACUUGGGUGAUUGCAGGCACGCUUCACAUAUGGUCGCCCAGAGAACAGCCGCAAUGCGCUUACAUUCGCUCCUUGACACAAUCCGCAUUCUUCGACAAAUCAGCCCUCGGGAGAUACCCACCUGCGUGGCUCGUCGACCGGUUCUUCUCCGAGAUGCUGGGUAUUUCCUACGCCAUGAUCCAACAGCUGUAUCAGAAGCGCAUCACAUACGGUGAACCUGCGGUGCCGUCCAUAAACGAGAUUGAGCGUCAGAUAACCAAGCUCACCCUUCCUCAUGUCAGGUCGCAGUGGUCGAAUCCCCCACGAAGGCGGCGCCACCUCAUGAAGUCCGUGCUUGAAUGGCACGACUUGUACGCGGCGAUCGUUGAGUUGACGUCCCAGAUCAUGCCGGCUAACGAUGAGGAUGUCAAACUCAUCUCGCGUAUCACACAGGCUGCCUUGUUGCGGAGACUAGCUGCUUCCCGGGAAAUCAUAUUGAGCGGCUUUCAACAGGAGCUAUACGCUGCGGACGAGAGGUCCAUCGCAUAUUGGUAUCUAGCGAAGACGAUAGAUGUGCAUCUGACCUGCCUAGAUGACUUGCUACAGACGAUUUCUCAAGACUUUUUGGGUUGGCCCGAAAUGCUGUUCCAGUUCGACUUCCUCUCAGCACUUCAUAUAAUGAGCAUUGCGAUGUGUGCGCUCACAUCGAGACAAGUGGUCACAUCGUUCAGGCGCAUGUCGCUCAACUUCGUCAAGCGGUACAAGUGGUUAUUCAGAUCAGAGUUCGACGACCUCGUACCUGUGGAUCCAUCACCGGACUUCUACAACUAUUCUCCUGAAGUGACAGAGCUAACUCAAGACCCAUAUUACUCUCCAUCAGAAUCCUUCAAGCUCGCCGGUAAUGUGCUGCGUGGUUUAUGCCGGGCCACCUACGUCGUAGGUUGGGCGGACAAGUGGGCGAACGAACGCCGUGACUUCGUUCUUCGGCUUGCUGGCGUCGCCGAGCGUUUGGAAGCGGCACCGACGAAUAAUGAAGACCUAACGACCUUUGAUCAUAAAGUACUCAGAUGGGACCCGCAGUAUCAUCCUUGGUUCCCCGAUAUGGCCUCGGGGGAUGCGUGA